AUGGGUUGUGGAUUAGCUAUUGGCAUGGAGGAAGCGCGUAAGGCACUACUUCCAAGUCCACCAGCAAGGAGAUUAAAGGACAAUGCCGUAAGCUUUGGCUUGGCUCUACUGUCCCGUCCUCAACCACCACGAGGGGUGGUAACUGUGUCUUAUGAAAAACUGCUCCUGAGGUACCACAACCAGAAGUACCGCAACAAAAAGAGUUUACCUUGCAGCCAGGUGUUUCAGUAUAGGUUCAAUGGUUCUGUUGAUUUUGCCCGCAACUUCUCAGACUACGAGAACGGGUUCGGCAGCUUACUUGGCGAAUUUUGGCUAGGACUCAAAACCGUGCAGGAAAUAGUUGCACAAGGAAGGACUGAACUGCGUCUAGAUCUUACUGCUUCGGGUGGUAAACAGGCGUACGAAGUGUUUGAUAACUUUCGUCUAGGAAAUGCACCAGAUUAUACACUUCAUAUUGACCGUGGCGUAGGCACUGCAGGUGACACUGUGGGGAGUGGAUUGUCCUAUCACAACGGGAUGAAGUUUUACACGUACGACCACGACAACACUUAUUCCUGUGCUCAUAACCACGGUGGUGGAUUCUGGUUUAACAACUGUGCUGUCGUUAAUCUCAAUGGACAGUUUGUCAAAUCUGGUGACAAGGGAGUUAUAUAUUAUGACUUUAAUUCUGUCAAGACUCUUGCGUCCACAAAGAUGAUGAUGAGACGUUUUACUGAUUAAACUAUUUCUUCACUGGUCUGGAUCCAUUAAUAAAGUACUUAGCAACA